UUCUCUCACGAGCAGGUGCUGUCACGCUUUGACAAGUUGCGAAAAAACAAACGCAAUCCGGUGAAGACAAAAUAUCCAUCCCUAAAAAUACCAUAAAAGGUCAUGAAAUUAUUGGCUUGGUUUUUUGUCGGCUGUAUUUUGAUCAUAUCAGUUUCAGGCGGCAAAAGAAAAUGUGAAAACAUAUCAAAAGAUUGUGCGAAAAAGGCGAAACAAGGCUGGUGCAGCAAAAACCAGUCGUACGCCGCUAUGGGCAGAAAAUGUCAGAAGGCUUGUAAAAUGUGUGAUAAAAAACACAAGGUAUUCGAUAUUGAUGCCCGAUGCAGCAGAUGGAAAGAACUUGGGUAUUGUGAUGCUGAUCCACACUCCCUUUAUAUGUGGAGAAGUUGCAAGUACAGCUGCCCUAAGCUAGUGAAAGCAUUUUCCUGGCCUGAAGAAUAUUUAAACGGAAAAGAAAAUUGUAUUAGGAUAAUCUAUAACAAAGAAAUGAGGUUUAACCUGUUCAUCGUCGUUUUAGUCGUGUGCUUUGUUUGGACUAUCGCAGGAAAAAAGUGCGAGGACAAGAAGAAAGAUAAAUGCAAGAAUUUGAAUCCAACGACUUGCGCGCAGAAAGGACCAGAAGACUGCCAGAAAAGCUGUCGCCAGUGUGGAGAAGGGAGUAAAAAGUUUGACCGAUCCCCAAGAUGCUGGUCUUCGAUUCAGAGUAGUGGAUGCGCAAGAUGGGUGUCCCAGUGUCCUUAUUCAUGUGAAGGUUUUCACGCGGGAUAUGGGCAGCAAGGUAUGGGUAGUCAAUAUGGACAACAAGGUCCAUAUGGACAAGGUCAAUAUGGACAAGGUCAAUAUGGACAACCAGGGCAAUAUGGACAACAAGGUCAAUAUGGACAACGACCUGGCCAAUAUGGACAACAAGGUCAAUAUGGACAACAACCUGGCCAAUAUGGACAACAACCUGGCCAAUAUGGACAACAACCUGGCCAAUAUGGUGGUAGUCAAUUUGGUGUGCAACAACCACGCUCGCCCUAUGGCCAAGAUGCAGCAGGUGGUAAUGCAGCAACAGCCGGCGCCACAGAUACUCAAAACCCCGCUGGCAAUGUCUUCCGUAAACACAAGUUGGAAACCGGUAAAAAGGAGCACCAUAAGAAAUCGAAGACCCAUCAUCAUCAUCAUCACCACAGUGAUGAGUAAACAUCGUUUCAGUUAUCAUGAAGUAUAAAGAACAAGUACUGUCUCUGCUUUGCAAAAUCAACUUGUUUUAAGCAAUAUUAGUUUGUAUUUUAUCACUCAAAGAUACAUCGCCGAAGGCGAAUAAUUGAAUAAUCGUAUUAUCCAAUUUAUGUAUCUGAUAUUCUUUAUUUAAUGUUUUUGA